AUGGCAUCUUCAAGUAUUCAUCGAACAUGUCACAAGCGGUCUUGUAUGUCAUCUGACGAAGCGCGGCGGUGCACUUUUAGACGCUGUUAAAACUGCAUCAACCUCUCACAUCAAAUCGUUGGCUGAACCAAGCUACCUCAUGUUCAAUAUCGGUGAGUAUGCAUCAAAACAAAAAGCAGCUCACCUGAAAAUGAUUACUAAAAUCCUCCGGUGUGUUAACACACAGAGUAUUGAAGUAGUCGUUGAGUAAUGCGUCGUGUGCCGCCCGAUCACGGUUUAACCGCUCAUGCCAGGUCGAGCACUGUGAUGAUUCCGCUUCCUCUUGUUGUGCUUGUUGCCACCGUUGAGACUAAGAGCAUGCGCAGCGGCGAGGCAUUUCCUCGUUCGCUGCGCCACAUCAGCAGAAUCCGUAAUUCGCCUCACGUGGCUUCAGCCUCCCUCCACGCCAAGCGUGUGAGGCGCGAGGCAUCUUCAGCUUGCUUUAAGAAACAAGGGUACAGAGGAUCACAAGCCCAGGUCGAAGUGCAUACUGCCAGAGAAUUAAGAUCUGAAAACAAGCUCCGCUUUCAGUCCAUUCGACUUCCCUUGCCGUCUCCCCUCCUCUCACCCUGCUCCCUUGCUCCGCACCUCUCCCUUCCGGCAGCUAACUCUACCGGAGCCGGAGGCCUUUUAUCCUGCUAACGAUACAUUACGUAGAGUGCCCUUGUCGGGUCGGGUCUCCUGCACCCUAGAAGCUAUUUUACCCCUAGGUUUUGGUGUGGCCUGCCUUUGUAGUAAGUGGCCUUUGAAAUCUUUCGAUCUUUUGCAUUUUGACCUGUUUUGGAUUAGUCAUUUACUUGCUGAUGAUAUAACAGACAUGAUUGAUCACAAAUCAAGUGUCUUUGAAGCU